AUGACUGCAGCUCAGAUUUUGAAAGUUGUAAUCAAAAAUGUCCAUGUGUUUGACGGCGAACAAAUGCAGGAUGGCGGGACGGUAGCUUUCGACAAAGGUGUCCUAGUGGGGGAGUCUUCAGAUGCUGACGUGGUCAUCGAUGGACAAGACGGGUAUUUAUUGCCUGGCUUGAUUGACUGCCAUGUUCAUGUCCAUUCCCACGAAGAUCUUUCAAGUUUGGCACAGCACGGCGUCACCACUGCUCUUGACAUGGGUACAAGGACACUCGACGUUUUCGAACGACUUCGUGGGGGUCGAGGUAUUUGUGAUGUUCGAAGCUCGGGAAUGCCAGCAACAUCACCAGGCAGUCGGCAUAGCAAGAUCCCAGGGUUCCCUGCCCAUCUUCUCGUCACCCGUGUUGAUGAAGCUCAACAUUUUGUCAGUGACCGUGUUGGUGAAGGCGCAGACUACCUCAAGGUGAUGGUGGACAACCCUGGACCAGAUCAAGAGAUUCUAAAUGCCCUGGUAUUAGCAACACAUGAACAAGGCCGAAUGAUCAUCGCACACGCAACCUCGUGUGAGUCUUUCUCCAUGGCACUUGCGGCAGGAGUGGAUAUUUUAACACAUGUCCCGAUGGAAAACCCACUAAGCAGCCACUUGGUGACUCAAAUGAAGUCCAAAGGUUGCAUAUCCGUACCGACGUUGAUCAAGAUGUUAGCAACGGCAAACAAGAACCCAGGACCGCCAAAUGAUUACAACAAUGCUCGCAUGUCUGUGAUAGAUUUGAAGUGCGCACAAGUACCAAUUCUGGCUGGCACUGAUGCGAAUAAACACGGAAGUGGUCCUGGAAAAGUCCCCUGUGGUGAGAGUAUAUUCCAGGAGCUUGAACUUCUCGUGGAAGCGGGAUUGUCGCCUCUAGAGGCCGUAAGGUCUGCCACAGCUUUGCCAUCCUCCAUCUUCGGUCUCGAAGAUCGUGGUUCAAUUGAAGUGGGUAAAAGAGCUGAUCUCAUUUUGGUUGCAGCAAACCCAUUGGAGAAUAUCAGUAACAUCCGGCAGGUCCAACGAGUAUGGUGUGGUGGAAUGCAAGUUGCUAAAGAUCCGCCAAAAUGA